UGUUAAUUAAAAACGGUUGCAUUUAUGCAUAACUGUAUUGUUGCGCUCAUAUGCAUUCGUACAUAUGUCUGUGCGCUGUCGAAGCGCGGCAUGAUGUUGCAGCCGGACAUACUUGCCUACAAUGAGGCGAUAAUGCCACCGCCUGGGGCUGUAAGAGCUGCAGCAGCGGCGGGAGCGACGAACAACGCGUAUGGUGUUCGCCAUUACCAGCAUCACACCUCAGGCAGCGGUGGGUCUGCUGUUGCGCUGGCGUCCACAUCAGCGUUUAAUACUAAAUCAAUACAACAGAAUGUAAUUAUCGCUAACGCGGGACUCAGCUAUGAGGAUGUUCUCAACGAUGAUUUUCAGUUCGACAUGGACGGACAUGACGUCAUGGUGUUCCUGCACAUACAGAAGACCGGAGGCACAUCAUUUGGACGGCAUUUGGUGCGUGACUUGGAUUUGAAGCGACCUUGCGAAUGCCAGCGCCAGCGCAAGCGUUGCUAUUGCUUCCGUCCACAUCGCAACGAAAAUUGGCUAUUCUCACGCUACUCAACCGGCUGGAAGUGUGGCCUGCACGCAGAUUGGACGGAAUUGACUAGUUGUGUCGACAUCGAGCUGGACAAGAAUGAGGGUGAGACGGCGAAGCGGAGAUACUUCUACAUAACACUGCUUCGCGAACCCAUUUCGCGUUACAUGUCCGAGUACCGGCAUGUGCGGCGCGGUGCUACAUGGAAAGGUUCGCGCCAUUGGUGUCUCGGACGCCAAGCCACCGCGACUGAAUUGCCACCCUGCUACAAGGGCAAGGAUUGGUUGGGCGUGGAGUUGGAUGAAUUCGCCGCGUGCGAGUCCAAUUUAGCAGCCAACCGGCAGACACGCAUGCUGGCCGAUCUGGCGUUAGUAGGCUGUUACAACAAGACUGCAAUGCCGGCGCACGAACGCGACCGCGUGAUGUUGGCGAGCGCUAAACGCAAUUUGGCUGCUAUGGCAUACUUUGGACUCACCGAGUAUCAGAAGAUGUCGCAGUACAUUUUCGAAGAGACAUUCAAUCUUCGAUUUGCGAUACCUUUUGAGCAACACAAUACAACAAUUUCUGCGUCGGCGGUGAACAAUUUGCGACCAGAUCAAAAGAAGCGUAUCGAGGAGCUGAACAGCUUGGAUGUCGAGCUAUAUGCCUUUGCAAAGAAUUUACUAUUCCAAAGGUACGGUUCAUCGAAAUUUGAGCAUUUAAAAGCGAAAGACAACGAUUUUGAAAAGCGAUUCGCCAACUUGGGCAAUAUCUAUUACAAACAGGGUGUUACGGAAUUCAAUUGGGACAGCAAUAUAGAUGAAACGCUAAGCACUGAUCAUUGAAACCAAAUAUACAUAUACAAACAUAUAUAGAUAUUAGAGCUUGGCGUUUAAAGGAUAUCAUGGCGAGCUAUAAAAGUAGCUAUGGGCUGCAUAAUUGCGAAAAGGACUUUAAUCUAGUUUUAAAAAUAAAUUUAAAACUAAAUAUAAGUAAUAACUGAUAGAAAAUAGUAGAUCUACGCAUUAACUGGAUUUUGUAUUGUUUUGCUGUUUUAGCUAUACUGAUUUUUGUGUAAUCAGUUUAAUUAUUAUUCGUCUGUAGCUAUUGUAAAUAUAUUUCCCGAGUCUCUAGUGUAUGGUUUUUGAGUUGAAUGUUGAAAUUCGCAAGUCACAAUUAGUCGCAAGUCAUUUUAUUGUAUACUGUAUUAGUUGAAAUACCUAUAGUAAUAUGAUUUCACUGUUACACUAAGAAAAUACGCUAAGCCAAAAUUAGUUAAGAUUUAAAUUAUAAGCUUAGGGCCUAAUGUUUAGGCAAACGGAGAGUAUUUUUUUUUACUUUUACCACAUAUAGACUACAUACAUGCAUACAAAAUGUGUUUAUAUUAGAAUACCUACUUUUUAGCAAUACAAAGUAUUUAUAUACAUAUACAUAUAUGUAUACAUAUACAUAUGUACAUAUGUAUGUGACAGUUAAAAUAUCAAUCCCAAAAGUUAAUGUAAUCGGUUUCUGUAUUCAUCAAACCCAGAAAAUGCAUUAAGAACUAUCGGAAUUAAAAUUGUCACUUCAAUCGCCAAAUGCCACUUUUGCACGUUUAAAUUAUAUUUCAGAAAUCAUUGGAUAACGUAUGUAAAUACCAUUGUAUGAAACUACUUUCAAGUAUGGGCCUAUUUAUUGAUUUCAGUUUUUGGCCCGAUUCCGGCCGAUCUAUUUGGCAAUAGUAUUGUUAGUCAAAGUAAUUUUAUAAGACAAUAAUAAAUUCAAAAUGAGAUGGAAUAUGAUUAUGGUUGCGUAAAAAAUAUAUGUAUAUGGCUUGUGCAAAAAUAAAACGGUAAACCACUAAAAAAGAAAAUUCAAUGCGGAAUAAAAUAAAUUCGACAAAAUAAUA